GCGACCCUUCACUGUCGGCCCUCUCAUGCCUUCCCAUAAGUAAGCGAACCUUCUUUAGUAUGCCUUCGCUGUCGCCGCGCGGACUCCACCCCCGGAGCCCCACCAUUAAGUUCGAGCCGAGCAGUGCGCCCACAGGCGGCACACCAUUCCCGCGCUCACCCGUCGGCAGCACGAGUUCGCCGCCGCAGACGCCGCGCACACCGCACACACCCACCCACGGCCUCGACAUGCCGACGGCGCUCAGCGCCCAUCAGUCACAGGAAUUCAUAGUGAAAAUCACGAGCGCAGAUACGAGUCCGGCCACCGACGUGGCCUACGUGUGCCCGAUCUGCGGCCAAAUGUUUUCACUGCACGACCGGUUGGCCAAACAUAUGGCGAGUCGACACCGGAGCCGCCAGAGCGAGGCGACGGCCAAGACGUAUGUGUGCGAUGUCUGCAAGCGGUCCUUCGCCCGGAGCGAUAUGUUAACCCGACAUAUGCGACUCCACACCGGCAUUAAGCCCUACACGUGUCGCGUCUGCGGACAAGUCUUCUCCAGAAGCGAUCACUUAAGUACUCACCAGAGGACGCACACCGGCGAGAAGCCCUACAAAUGCCCGCAGUGUCCGUACGCCGCGUGUCGGCGCGAUAUGAUCACCCGACACAUGCGGACACACGCCAGGUAUGAGCUGCCCGACAGCAGCUCCAGCUUCGAGGACAUCACCGACUCGACCCACUCAUCCACACAACGAUCCCAUGUAGUGACCAAAGAGGAGACGCUC